ACUGUUUCUGAGAGGCAGAGCUUGCGAAAUCCGCCUUGGCCUUCUCUUUCUUCCCAUUUCCCGCUAUAUAAAAAUGCUCACCAAACCAGAGAUUCCCAAUUCUCAACAGCCAGAUUAGCCAUCUCUUGUUCAACAACAGAAGGGAAGACAUGGCUGUUGCUGACUCUAAAACUGCCACUAAAUCCUCCUUUGAAUCCAUCAGAGAAUGGGUUGUCGAGCACAAGCUUCGUACUGUUGGGUGCUUGUGGUUGAGUGGAAUUGGAGGAUCCAUCGCUUACAAUUGGUCUCAACCGGCCAUGAAAACCAGCGUCAAGAUCAUUCACGCUAGGUUGCAUGCCCAAGCUCUGACAUUGGCUGCACUGGCUGGAGCUGCCGUUGUUGAAUACUAUGACCACAAAACAGGGAAAACACAAGAUCGAUAUCCCAAAUUUCUUCCGCUGGAUACGUACUCACAAAAGGACUGAAGAAUUAACCUACAUGUGUAAUUUUGAAGAGGGGUACAUCAAACUCAUUAUGAUUCCAAAAUUGUGAGUUUUGACUGAAAACGUUCUUGUAUUUCUAUAUGCUACGGUUUUGCUGAUUGAUCUGUGAUGUAAAAAUGUGCCGCCACUGGUGCAUCUCGUGAUUAUUCAUCGAUAACAAGGCAUUAUUUGGUCCUUUUUUUA